AUGUGGGGGAUUAAACCAAGCCUUUUUGAGCAAUUUAGUCCCAAAGAUCAAGUCGUUGAUGAGUAUACAUUUACUAAAUUUUUGGGCUAUGAAGAAGCCAAGAAACAGCUUAAUGAUCAUUGGUCAUCUUGGGUAACUGAACAUGAUAUAAAAAAACUUGCUUCAUACGGAUUAAAUCAUAUUAGAAUACCUGUUGGUUAUUGGGCCUUCGAAAAGAAACCAUCUGAACCAUUCGUUAUGGGCGCUUUUCAAUAUUUAUUGAAAGCUAUUAGAUGGGCAAAGAAAUAUGGGUUGAAAGUUACUGUCGAUUUACAUGGUGCUCCGGGUUCUCAGAAUGGCUACGAUCAUAGUGGUAGAAGGGGCCCUAUUGAAUGGCAAACUGGUGAUAAUAUACAACGCACGCUUAAUGUCAUCAAAAACAUAACGAUGACUUUUAGUCAGCCUGAGUUUAGAAAUACCGUUGUCUCCAUUGGUGUGCUUAAUGAGCCCGCUGAUAUAUUGAUCUUAUAUGACUCUUCUUUCUUAUCAGCUGAUGAUUCGAUAGACUUUCUAGAAUCUUCAAAUUUCACACGUGUUGCAUUGGAUUCUCAUAUCUAUAAUUCAUUCACGUGCGACUUUGCGUCAUUGAGCAACAAUAAUCAAUUUUCCACCGUUUGUUCAAAUAAAUAUAAUAUUGCUUCUACCAGUAAAACUCUUCGGAUAUUCGUGGGUGAAUGGAGUCUUGCUACAACUGAUUGUACGAAAUGGUUAAAUGGUGUUGGUACUAGCUCAGUAUGUAAUUAUUCUAAUGGUACGUGUCAAUCUGAAAACGAUUAUUUUAAUUGGACUCCCGAAUAUAAAAACUAUUUGAAACAAUAUGCAUCAGCACAAAUGGACGCUUAUGAAGCCGGGAUUGGUUGGACCUUUUGGAAUUUUAAAACUGAAAUUUCGGCUCAUUGGAAUUUCAUGCUUGGUGUCGAACAGGGUUGGAUACCACUCACUUCUGAACAACGAUCAUAUGACUGCACAUAA